GGGCCGCGCGGGAUCCAAAAUGGCGGCCAGGGGGCGACGCGCGGAUAAUCCUCGAAUUUCUUUAUACCUUCCGGCUCCUUCCGUUUCGAGAUCGUUCGGGGUAUCUUUGACCCGGGUUUUCCCCAGGUGCAUGCAAAUCCGUAGCCCACACCUCGCGGAAUUAUGCGAGACGUUGCGGCAAGGUGUCCGCAACGUUGCCGCAACCUUCCCGCUGCGUGUGGGAAGCGAGGCAGACAGGUCGAUCGCUUUGUGUUCAGGUGGCGGAGUGGGAAAGUUGCCGCUCGCGAUAUCUCACGAGAUGGAUUCGGGAUAUAUUAAUAUCCCGAAAUACGGGGCUAGUCCGAAUCUCGACGUUUCUACGUCAGCCGGGAAAUGUCUGUGCCGCGGUCGCUGGCGUCGUCGGCGGUGCUCGAUAUAGUGGCCGGUGAGGCUCGGGCGAUGUCGACCCUGGUGUGCCGGGAGCCGGCGGGGCGUCCGCCGCGCGACGGGCUCAAGCUCGCGCUGAACCGGAGCCUGAGCGAGCCCGGGCCGCCCGGAGGACCGACCGAGCGCGGCCUGCUCUUCCUGGCCACGCCCACGCCGCCCGCUUCCUCGGGUGCCUCCUCGAGCGCCGCCAGUGAGGACGGCGACGCCGAGGACGCCGCGCCGGACGACCGCCACCACCGGCUGCCCCCGCAUCGCUACCACUACCGGCACCACCGGCACCACCAUCACCACCAUCAUCCCCGGCUGGGUCCGCCGGUUUCCCCGGUCUCCCCGGUCUCCCCGGCCUCCUCGCCCGGCUCGCCCUGCGGGGCGUCGAAGCGCUGCAAGCUGGAGACCGUCAGCCUCCCCUCCAGCCCCUGCGAGGAGAGCGGCACGCUGCAGCGUCAGCUGGUCCUGCGGCGCGCCCGCACCAUCGGGCCCGACCGCCUCGCGGAGCGACUGCGCGACCCGACCGACGCGCCGGUCCUCCUCGACCUGAGGCCCUUCAUCCUCUACAACGUCAACCACCUGCGCGGCGCCAUCAACCUGAACUGCUCGGAUCGCUUCAACCGGCGCCGCCUCCUCCAGGGCAAGGCCGCCCUCGCGGACCUCGCCACCGCCCGGGAGGCCAAGGACCUCUUACGCCGACGCAGCUUCCAGGAGGUCGUCGUCUACGACGACUGCACCGCCGAUCUCGAGCACCUGCCGCCCCAGCACCCCCUCUUCCUGGUGCUCGUCGCCCUCGUCGAGGACCAUCGGGAGCCCGUCCUCUUGAUCGGCGGACACAAGGAGUUCCAUAGGCGGCAUCGAGACCUCUGCGAGGACACGCUGCUCCCCGCCGGAGCGGGGGCGGCGGGACCCUCCGCCGUCGGCGGCUGCCCCAGCCCGGGGCCCGGGUGCCCCGGAGGCCCCCCCACCCCGCAGCCCGCGGACAUCGACAGCCACCCGGCCUCCAGGGUCCUGCCCUUCCUCUACCUCGGGAACGGCCGCGACGCGGCCGACCUGCAGCUCCUGCAAGCCCUCGGGGCCACCCGGGUGCUCAACGUCACCUCCCAGCUGCCCGGCUACCACGAGGCUCGGGGCAUCACCUACCGGCAGAUACCCGCCUCCGACUCCGGCCAUCAGAACCUCAAACAGUACUUCGAGGAGGCCUUCGACUUCAUCGAGGAAGCCCGGAAGGCCGGAAGUAGCGUCCUGGUGCACUGCCAGGCCGGAGUGUCGCGCAGCGCGACCAUCGCCAUCGCCUACAUAAUGCGGCACAAGGGCCUCUCCAUGGUGGAGGCGUACAAGCUAGUGAAGAACGCCAGGCCGAUCAUCAGUCCCAACCUGAACUUCAUGGGCCAGCUGUUGGAGCUGGAGCAAGGUCUGAGAGCCGCCGGGGGCGUCGCCGCCCCCCAGGAAGAGCCGAAGAGCUGCCACCAGUGUCGCUGGAGUCACCAGCAGAACAGCGAGGAGGUCACUUCCGGCUGCAGCGUCUGAGGAGGCCCUCGAACCGCGCCGAAUCGUCGAUACGGAUCCCACUACUUUCCUUUUCUUUUUCUUUUUUUUUUCUUUUUUUCCUCCCUUAUCGAGGGAUCGCCGACGACGCACCGCUACAUAUCCUUUACGACCUUUCCGAGGGAGAGAAGAGAGAUAUAAACUAUUUACGAAUACGUCUCACGUGCCUUUGUACGCUGCGCGGACCCCCGCGUGCCCUCGCGAUUGUACGAUUAUUUAUUAACCACGAGCAACCCCGUUCGCCGAGGAAAACACCCACGGGAUGAGCUGGGUUGCUUGGGUUUCAAUUUUUUUUUUUUCUUUUCCCCCCAUUUCAUUUCCUCCGACGAGUCGAGGACCGAGGGGGGUUGAUCGCGACGUUUCGAGUCGACAACGAGCGGUGGGGGAGAUAUCCUGGGGCUCAUCCCGCGUGAACCACGGGAUCACGGAGCCCUGGGAGGGUACGGAUGGGAAUCGGGUUACCUGAGUAUAAAGAUACUAACGUUCACUGAUUUUUACGAGUGCAGGGAUUAUAGAAUUAUUAGGAUAUAGGGUAGAAUUAGGAGAGCUCGCGCAUCCCGGAGGACCGGGAGGUUCGGCACUCAGGACAAUAAUCGAGGUCUCGAGGACGAAUGGACGUCGGUAGACGGCACUUUUUCAUUUUUAUUCGAGGUACCAGGGACGCUCCUGGACGGUGACCCGAGUCUCGAGGUCGUGCGAGAAAUUAUUCGGCACGAGGAAUUUACGGUCUCGCGUAACGCCUUCAAACGUCUACCAAGUACCGGACUUCGCAGCGAUGCAGAUAUUUUCUUAUGGGGAUUUAUUUCUAUGCGAAGGAAAAAAAAAGGAAAAACAUCCGGACGAACUCGAGAACAGGAGCCCAGGUCUCGGUUUAUCCGGGUUUCGAGUCGGGAAUCUCGAUCCCGAGGACGAGGAACUCCGUCGAAGCUCGAGGACACACGAGGGCCUCCACGCGGAGCACGUGGGGGGCUUGACGACGCGAAGAAAGUCGAGAGUCGGUUUACGGGGACCCGGUACCUAUACAUCUUGCGAGAUACGUGUCCGCCGACUAAAACGGGACGAUCGUAACUCCCGCGAAAUAAUGCGGUUAAGACUUUUGGGAUUUUGGUCCCGCGACGUGGGCCGACGACCUCGAGCGCUUCCCUCCACCGAGAGUCCCGAUGCGAUUAUUUAUUCACCUUUGCGAACACUCCUCGGGACAGUCGGGUGUACUUAUCAUCGACUUAGGGAGUCGCGCGACGAAACGGGCAGACAUCUACGGAUCGGGAUCCGAUCCUCGAGUUCAUCCCUUCGACCUUACCAUGGCUUCGCGUAGGACUUUCGGACGUUAACCCUUUAGCGCGACUCCACAAUAGGAGAUUUUUCAUAUGCCAAGAAAAAAAAGAGAAAAUCCGCACGAACUCGAGGAUCGAGUCCCAGGAGGAAAAGCGGCGGUCCUCGACCGGGGAAUCGUAGUAUUUGCGAUUAAGCCGAUUAACCCCUUAACUUGUGCGCUGGAGUUAAUUCUAUCACUAAACAGGCCAAACUGUGCACCCUCGAGAUAAUUCCAGCGGCGUUGUAUUUUAUGCCAUUAUAAUUUUUCACCCUCGAAUAUAAUCAAGAAUUUUAUUUUUUUGCUAAGACAAUGUUCUGUUUUUUUACAUCAAAA